AUGGCAGCAACUGCUUCCGCCGCACAUGGAUUAUCACCGGACAAACGACUAAAGUCUACUGAAAAUGUAGAGUCGGAUGGUAUAUCUGUAUCUUCGGAUAUCAAGCGAAACCUUGAAAGUUGCUGUAUAUGCCUAGCAACUGUUAGCUCUACGACUCGCGCAGUCGCCACACCCUGCCUGCACGCCUGCUUCGACUUUUCGUGCCUUGUAACAUGGUUAGAAGGGGCACAAAGUACCUGUCCGGUGUGUAAGCAGGAAGUUGAAAGUGUCAAAUACAAUUUCGAUGCAAAAGGGACUGGAUUUCAGAAGUCCUCGGAAACUUCAAACCCCUCGAAACCCUCAAUAUCCCGAAACUCACAUCGCCGUGUUGAAAUCCGGCGACUUAAUUAUGCUUCAUCUAACUCCUCUUCACUUGGAGGUUUAGCGGACGACAUACCUCGCCGUCGCUUUGUCUAUAAACAUCGCCUUAGAAGCUUACACAUUGGUUCCAACCCUUCAUCUCGCUUCAAAACAUUUACACCUGCCAUGGUCCGUUCGUCACCAACACUAGUCUCGAAAGCCAAAUCCUUCAUUCGUCGCGAAUUAGAAGUAUUUGAUUGGACGGAAGGGAAUAGAGAGUGGCUGGUGGAAUAUAUUGUGGGGAUAUUAAAGACUGUGCGACUUAAGGAUGCGAGUGGAAAGGCAGAAGAUCUCAUAGAGGAAUUUCUGGGGAGGGAGUUCGCCGGGGUGUUUUUGCAUGAGUUGGAUGCGUUUUUGAGGAGUCCGUUUGGUAGGGUUAGAGAGUGGGAUCGUUGGGCGAAGUACGAAGUUGAGAUUCCGAAGGAUUUGGGGGAGGUUCGGCUUGAUGAAGGGUGA